AUGUCCAUUGAAAAUGUCGCAAUCAUUGGUGCAGGCCUGUCCGGCCUCACAUUGGCUCUUGCACUUCAUCAGCAAUCAAUUCCAUGCACUAUAUAUGAGGCAAUAUCUGCACCUCUCGACAUCGGCGGAGCCAUCAUGUUAUCUCCCAACGCCCUCCGCAUCCUAGAUAUCCUGGGCGUCUAUGACCGCAUUCGUACAGAAGGGUUUGACUUUGACUACUUGCACUUUCGCACUUCUGGUAACGAGCCCAUCGACGUGUAUGAAUUCGGCAAUAAAGAACGCUACGGGUACUGCGGCAUGCGUAUUUUCAGACAUGUUCUCAUCACUGCGCUAUCUGGCCUUGCAAAGGAGCAGAAUAUCCCAAUCCAGUAUAACAAGAAAUUCAUGAACGUGAUCGCCGAGACCACUACAGAUGUGACUUAUCAGUUUGAAGACGGCACCACGCAGAAAGCAACGUGUCUCGUCGGCGCAGACGGGAUCCAUUCUCGCGUGCGCAAAUAUCUCUAUCCUUCCCUGGAGACGAAGUUCACAGGCGCCAUGGGCGUGACUGCUGCCGUGCCGACAAAACAAUUACAGGUCCCAGAGGGGUACCAAUUACCUGUGACAAUCAUGAACAAGCAAUACGGGGCAUUUGUGAUUGCACCGCAGCUGAGAGACGGCUCUGAGGUGUUAAUCGGACGGCAGAAAUCCGCCCCGGAGAUGGACCGAGACGGCUGGAGCCGUCUCAUGAGUGACAAAGAUUGGUGUGUCAAUUUCCUCCGCGAAGGAGCUGGUAGUUUUCCCGAGAUUGUGCAACGGGCUGUAUCAGAGAUCUCCCCCGCGAAGAUCAAUCUCUGGCCGUUCUACGUGGUUCCGAAACUUGAUCGCUGGAGCUCGGAGCACUCAAGAGUGGUUAUUCUCGGGGAUGCGGCGCAUGCAAUUCCCCCGACUGCGGGACAGGGCGUCAACCAGGCAUUUGAAGACGUGUACACAUAUUCGUUGAUUUUGGCAAAGACGAGCAAUGCAUGUCUUGAACGGGCGCUGAAGAAAUGGCAGAGAGGACGGCAGGAGAGAGUUGAUAAGGUGUUGGGGCUUAAUGCGCAACUAAAUAGGCGGAGGAUGCCGAAGCUGGGGGAGGAUGAAGAGGAGAGUAAGGAGUUUGAUCUGGCGUGGUUAUAUAAGCCGGAGUUUGACCAGAUGGUCGAUGAGUGGCUUGUGGGCCUCUAG